AUGACCAGCAGAAAUUUUACUUAUCUAUUUGAUUCUGAAUGCGAUCACGAGAGUCUUGUAGAUCUCUCUCUAAGCUUCAUUUUUUUAAAUACAUCAAACUUUGAGCUUCUUUAGAAGUUGGACACUGUUGUUUCUAAAUGUAAAAAUCUUAAUAACUUAGAAAUGAGAUUAAAUUCUAAAUUAAUUGAAUUUCAACAUCCUGAAAGAGCUCAAUCUUUGGCUUCUGGCCUAGUCGCUUGCUAAUAACUUACUAAUCUAAAGAUUGUUUUUAGUUAUGAAGAAGACGACUCAAAAGGUAUGGCUUAGAUAGCUUCUAUAAUUGAAGCAUGCUAAAAUUUGAAUGACCUAGAAUUAGAUUUAUAUUCAAGUAGAAGAUUUGAUGUUGAAUGUGCUCUAUUUUUAAAAUAGGCAAUCUAAAAACUUCAAAAGCUAAAUAAUCUCACCAUAAAAUUACAAUGCUCUAAUUUAACUGGAGAGAGCUUAGCUACUUUAUCAACUGGAAUUUAAAAGAUAACUUCGUUAGAAACUUUAGCUCUUUAUUUAUGCGAUAAUUAGAUUUCUUCAGCAGGAUUAGGCUUGUUUGGAUCUAACUUAGAAAAUAUCACAAAUUUGAAGUCAUUAGAUAUUUAGUUACAAUAAAAUAAGAUAAAUGGAUAAGGAAUUCAAGAGUUUGCAACUUCUUUGUCUAGAUGCUAAAAUCUUGCUAAUUUAAGUCUUAACUUAUUAGAGAAUGAAUUAGGUGCAGACGGUGCUUCAGCUUUGGUUGAUGGUUUAUCUUAGAGCGUUAGUCUAAAGCAGCUUAACCUUCGUUUAGGACUUAAUUAAAUUGGAGAUGAAGGAACAGCAAGAUUAGGAGCAGGAUUAGGAAAAUGCCAGAACUUAACUGAUCUUACUCUUAAUUUAAUAGAUAACUAAAUUGGAUCUCAAGGUAUUUCUGGAUUAGCAUAAGGUUUAGCAUCAAGUAAGAGUAUUAGUUAUUUAAAGCUUGAAUUUUACUCAAACUAAAUUGGAGACGAAGGAGCUUCUUUAUUGGGUUCUGGCUUAGGAAAAUCUAAAAGUAUUACAAACUUGGUCCUUUAUUUGAGUGAAAACGACAUUAAAGCAGAAGGAGCAAAACUUAUAUUAUAAGGACUAUCAGAGUGUUUAGAAUUAAAGGAAUUAACACUCCGCUUAGGAGAUAAUUCUAUAGGAAGUGAGGGAGCUAUUGGAUUAGGUUUAUCUCUUAAGCUACUAAAAAAUUUGAUUAGCCUAAAUUUAGAAUUACAAUACAACUAAAUUGGAUUAGAUGGUUUAGAAUAAUUAGGUUCUGGUAUUUAAAAUAUCAGCAAAUUAGAAUAAUUAUCCCUUAAUAUUUCUGGUAAUUCUAUCGAUUCAAAUGGUCUUUCAAAUUUAGCUACUCAUUUAGCUUCAUGCAAUAAUCUUACUGCACUUAGCUUAUACUUAGGGCACAAUCAAAUCAAGGAUGAGGGCUUUUCUGAUUUAAUUUCAGCUAUCUCUAAAUUGAAUAACUUAAAAUCUUUAAUUUUGGAAUUAGGCCGUAACAACGAAAUCAUUGGCAACCGUGCUAAGGAAUUAUAAUAGUUGAAAAAUUUGACUCAACUACAGAAAGUGAUUCUAUAUUAAAUCCCUAUUUCUGAUAAGCAAACUAUAGAUGAAUUAUAGCAAUCUCUUGAAGAAUAAGUGAAAUCUGUUUUAAUAAGAUGA